AUGAUACCACUCCGGCCUAGCACCGCACGCCCCAUCCAACUCGUCGCGCACCACCGCGGCCCACUGCGCCGGCACGGAUCUCGCCUCGCCUCGUACGCAGCGGACAACACCCCCGCCAACCCCAGAAGCAGCGACUUCGUCAAGAUCGUAGAGGUCGGCCCGCGCGAUGGGCUGCAGAACGAAAAGGCGGUCAUCCCGCCCGCGACAAAGGUCGAGCUGAUCAACAGGCUCGCGCGCGCCGGCAUGCGCACCAUCGAGGUCGGCAGCUUCGUCAGCCCCAAGUGGGUCCCGCAGAUCGCCGCUGACGCUCGCGCCCGCGUCCCCUCCGCGCGGCAGAUGGCAGGCACGGCGGACGUCGUGCGCCAGAUGGACCUCCACCCGGGCGUCACCUACCAAGCCCUCGUACCCAACGCCCACGGGCUCGCCGCCGCCCUCCCCUUCCUCCCCUCCAGCUCCGGAUCCAGCACCCCCGCGCGCCUGACCGAGGUCUCCAUCUUCACCGCCGCGACGGACGCCUUCUCGCUCGCGAACACAAACGCGACCGUCGCCGCGUCCCUCGCACGCCUCGCGCCCGUCGCGCGCGCCGCGCUCGAUGCGGGCGCGCGUGUGCGCGGGUAUGUGAGCGUCGCGGUCGCGUGCCCGUACAGCGGUGCGGUCGACGCGGAGCGGGUGCGCGAUGUUGCGCGGGAGCUGCUUGAGAUGGGGUGCUACGAGGUCAGUCUCGGGGACACGACGGGGGAGGGCACGCCCGCGACCGUCUCGCACAUGCUCGAGACGGUCCUCGCCCGGUGUCCGGUGUCCAAGCUUGCCUUCCACGACACCUUCGGCAUGGGCGUCGCCAACGCGCUCGCGGCGCUCUCCCUCGGCCUGCGCACGCUCGACGCCUCCGUCGGCGGGCUCGGCGGGUGCCCGUACUCCCCUGGCGCGACGGGCAACGUCGCGACCGAGGACGUGCUCUAUGCGCUGCGCGGCUCGCGGUACACCGCCGCGGGCGACCUCGCGCGGCUCGUCGAGACCGGGUGCUGGAUCUCGGAGGUGCUCGGGCGGGAGAACGCGAGCCUCGUCGGGCGAGCGCUGACCGCGCGGAAGCGGCGCGAGGAGGAGAAGGAGAAGGAGGGCGGGAGGGCGGGGGGCGAGGCGAGGUUGUGA